CGGAUACGGCCCGCAAGGCGAGUGCACGCGCAACGUGAGAGGUUGGCGUUCGAUACGUCGGUACUUCGGCGUACCCGUGAACUGACAUUAUCUCCUAUUAUUCGCUAGAUCUUGUUGCCCAACUACCACACUUCGUCAGUGUUGGACUGCAGUGUCGGCGCUGCGUUUGCGGAAAUGACUUGGAAAGACAGAGAGCACUUGUCACUGGCAGUGUCCGGCGAGUUUGUCACUGAGGCGGGGUGGCGAUAGUUUUAAAUAAGGCUCAGGUGCGCUAUCUAGGCUCGCGACUGGUGGGUUUUCCUGGGGAUCUACAUCUACGAGUCGGUUUUUGCAAAAUCAAGGUGCCCUUCGCUAGUACUGAACACUGUGGAGCUGCGCAUUUUGCCACCAGAAACCUACACGUCAGCAACAUUUAUUCGAGUGAAAAUCUAGUCCUGCAUACCUGCUCUUCUUCUGAAAGCAUAAUUUGGUUAUCGGUGUGCUGAAGCCUUCCUGCUUCGUGCACGUCCCGGAGUUAUGUAGGACACGCUAGUCAAAACAUUACGAUAAAAGUGAAGUGCUUCAUAAUACUAAUAGUCAGUUCUAGUCUAAGAUUGUACUGGUGAUCCCCUGCCGUCACUGAUGGACAGACACCUACGAAAUUCCUGGCUCGUGGCGCCAGCCGCUGCCUCUCGAACGGGUUGACGUAGUUGGAGCACCGCACAACACAGCUACCUGUGUGUGGACCAGUGAGGGGGACUGACACUGAACUCAGACUGCCCAGCUAUAAAUAGUUCGUCUAAGCGUAUAGUUGAAAGACCCCGAAGCACAUGAGCCCGACGACACCUCUGACUGAGAUGAGUGCGCGCGUCCUGUCCGGCGUGCGUGUUGCUGUGGCAGCUGUGCUGAUUGUAUUUGCUCAAGGUGCGCGCAGCAUCCGGUUCGAGCGCGUGGACGUUCCUGGCGCGGUGAUCAGCGGCGAACCCGUCCUGCUGCUCUGCGAGUACAAUCUGGAAGGCGCCGAGCUCUACUCGGUCAAGUGGUACAAGAACAACGUGGAGUUCUACCGGUACUUGCCCAGCGACGCUCCGCCGGGUCAGAAGUACGACCUCGUCGGACUCUACGUGAACUUGUCCAAGUCCAACCACAACCGGGUGUACCUGGACCGUACUGACCUCAACAGUGAAGGCAGCUACGGCUGCGAAGUGUCCACUGAGGGACCAGAAUUCCGAACAAUCAUCUUUGAGAAGGACCUCAACAUCUACGUGUUGCCGGAGCGUGGGCCCGUCAUCGAGGGCGUGCGGGGACGCUACCAACUGGGAGACGUCCUGAACGCCACCUGUAGGUCGAGGCCCUCCAAACCAGCACCCUUCCUCAACUGGUUCGUCAACGGAAAGCUGGCGCCAUCCCACCAGGUGACGCACAAGGGCCCAUACCGGCGCGCCAAUGCGUUGCAGGCGUCCGUGUCCACUCUGCGAUUCCAGAUCACGGCCCGCCACCUGGCUCACGGCUUGAUCAGGCUACGCUGUUCCUCCUCGAUCAACAAGAACCACUCGCGAAGCAGCCAGGAACUUCUCAUUGGCACGCAGAGGCACCUGGCUACUGAGAAAACUUACGAAGAGGAGAACGCACCGACAGUGACCGGCGUGAAGCCGUACUACUCGGUGGGAGACACGAUCGACCUCAACUGCAGCGCUGUCAUGGCAACCGAUGAGAUUGAACUCGAGUGGUUCAUCAAUGACGAUGAGCACAUGCCCAGCGGCUACCAAACACGCUACCCGACGAGCAGACAGUCCGAGACGGGCCUGCGGGAAACGGUGGUGCGUCUGCGCUUCGUUCUUCAACCGCGACACUACCACAACGACGAACUUCGACUCCGUUGCACGGCCACCUUCUCCAAGCUGCUCACGCUCUCCUCCGAGGAGACGGUCCUCGUCGCCUCCCAGCAGACGCCGGGCUUCCACAUAGCCGAGAGCCGCUCAGGUAGAACAACACCUGGCUGUGGAACGCUCUUCUGGACGGCCCUGGAAGCCGUGUUCGUCUUCUUCCUUCUGCGCUAACGCAUUCGAAGGCCGUGACGUCACAAUGACAAGCGCACACUUGGACAGAGGAGAAUUCAGCGGGGUUUGGCUUAAUGUGUAGCAUCACUGUUGCUCAUGCUUGGCGACAAUCGCGGAUCCGAGGACCCCAGUUCGCCAAAUUCAGUAUCGGCGGAAGACACGGCAACUGUGCGCGUUCAGUGCGUCGUGCUUCGAACUGCAGUGCUGGGAUGACCGCUAUGUGUGUCUAUGCUUCCGGUGGCGAUUUGUUUUGUUCUUGUUGUUGUUGUUACACUCCUAUGUUACAGUGUUGGUAAGCAGUUGCUGCGGCCCUGCACCGACACGACGUGUUUGAUAGGCAUUUCUGUGAGAGCCGCGAUGUUGUCGCUGCAUAGUUAAGCAUUCUAGAAUGUGUACAAGAGAUGGGAACUGGCGACGUCUUAUCUCCGAGAGGUGAAGUCGCUGGACAAGACGUGCUGCGGGUGUGUUGAGCAUAAUCCCGGUCGAUAAGCAGUUCAUUGAGGGAUAGAAGGCAAAGGAAGCGUCGCAGCAAUACGAGGACAUGACCCGCUAUCCCAGCAGCCCGAACAGACCGAAGGCAGCGGUGACGCAAUAAAAGUGCCUCUACUA